UAUUCUUAUGGUGACUUACUUCCGGUAUCAAGUAUAAUUCUAUGCUAAGCUAUCAAGCGGUGUUUACGGAAGACGCACUUUGAUUAAAACAUUAAAUGACAAAGUCUUUUUUAAGACUGCACAUUCGACAUCAUCCUUUUUUUAAUAAGUAAAAAUGUGCAACGGCUGUGUGCAAAAAGAAUACCCCGACCGGGGAAGCACUUGUCUCGAGAAUGGCUCCUAUCUUAUGAACUACCUGGGCUGUGCCAAAUGUCAUCACAGGGACUUUGUGUUGAUCUGUAAUAAAGACACAGAGGAUGAUGAUGGAGAGGAGAUUGUCACUUACGACCAUGUUUGUAAAAACUGUGACCACGUCAUCGCCAGGCAUGAAUAUACAUUCUCUGUUGUUGAUGAAUAUCAGGAGUACACCAUGCUUUGCAUGCUGUGCGGAAAGGCGGAGGACUCCAUCAGUGUGUUGCCAGAGGACCCCCGACAGACCGCCUCACUCUUCUAGACCUCAUAAUACAAUUACAAUUCUCAAUACAGCAGAUUGACAAAAGACUCUUACUGGAUUGGCAUGAACAGGGUUAUAAAACAUUUAACAAAUAUGCUGCUGACUUCAAGGUUACGGUCAUUUGGAUAAACAGUUUCUUACACAUUUUUUAACUCGAGUGCGAUUGCCAACUAGUUCAGGCUGUACCCCGCCUACUGCCCGAAGACAGCUGGGAUAGCCCGCAACCCUCGUGAGGAUAAGCGGCUCGGAUAACAGAUGGACGGAUAUUUCUGUAUGUAACUGUAUACCAGCCUAUAAUGUCUUUUGACUCACUGUAAAUUAACAUUCAGGCAUUUACGAAUUUACAUGAAAUUACAAAAAUAUUCACUUCUGUGCUAUGUCUCAUUUGAAAUAAAAUAUUGACUUAUGGACAAGGUCUCAUUUGCCAACCAUUUUGGCCUAUGGGUGUAAUGGCAUCAGAACAAACCAAAAAAAAAAAUCAAUUGCCAAUUUGUUUGGCAUUAUUCUCAAGUGCUUGUUUCCUCUAUUAAACUCAUUGACUGAUAAUUACUUUGGGUACUUGAAACUGACUUGGACAGUCAAUAACAACACUUUUUUUUGGCUUGUGAACAUGUAUUUUCAUGAUCAAAUGCAGCUUGGUAAAAAUACAGUCAUAUAUGCUGAUGACAAAUGAAUAAAAACAAAACUAAAAUGA